AUGGCAGCGGUGGCCGGAGUAUCCUCGGCGGUGAUUAAAGUGGCGGCGCUUUCCGGUUCUCUUCGAAAAGGGUCUUACAACAGAGGCCUGGUUCGUGCUGCGAUUGAACUAAGCAAAGGAAGCAUUGAGGGGCUUGAGAUCGAGUACGUUGAUAUUUCGCCUCUGCCAUUACUCAACACGGAUCUUGAGAUAAACGGGACUUACCCACCAGAAGUUGAAGCCUUUCGCCAGAAAAUUGUUGCAGCUGAUAGCAUCCUCUUCGCUUCCCCUGAAUACAAUUACUCUGUCGCAGGUCCACUAAAAAAUGCAAUUGACUGGGCAUCAAGGGCACCAAAUGUUUGGGCUGAUAAACCUGCUGCCAUAGUGAGUGCUGGAGGAGGCUUUGGUGGGGGAAGAUCACAGUAUCAUCUACGCCAAAUUGGGGUCUUUUUGGAUCUUCAUUUCAUCAAUAAACCUGAAUUUUUCAUCAAUGCAUUUCAGCCACCAGCAAAGUUUAACAGUGAUGGUGACUUGAUUGAUGAAGAUGCCAAGAAUAGGUUGAAGGAAAUCCUUCUGUCCUUGAAGGCAUUUACCCUUAGACUUCAAGGAAAAAUUUGA